CCCAUCAUUCUCGUCAUCGACAAUGUCGAAAGUUCAUGAUUGGUCAAAGCUUUGCGACGAUCUUUUGCGAUCAAUCCUCGAAGGCUUGAACACUACCAAAGAUUUUCAUCGAGCGAGUAGUGUUUGCUCAAACUGGUAUACCAUUUCAAGAACUUGUAAGCGACCUAUAAAUCUGUUUCCAUGGCAAAUCCUAUUCAAAGAGAAUUCAACUUUGCUCUUUGUCCCUGAAGAAAACAAAAAUCACGAAAUUCAACAUCCCGGAAUCGACUUUUCGGAUAGGUAUGUUCUUACUAGCUGCAGCAAUUGGCUCUUGAUGAUUGAUUAUAAUGUAGAUUUUUUUCUCAUAAACGUGUUCACUCGUGAGAGAAUCAAUCUUCCAUCCAUAGAGUCAUCGAUUAUUGGUCUUGGUCAAGCACAUUUCGUCGAGCCUACCGACAUAAUUUCUGCGAAAAAACAAGCUUGUCUUUGGAUAGAUGAAACAACAAAGGAUUAUGUUGUUGCUUGGAGUUAUAACCAAUACCACUUAUUCAUAAACAAGAAAGGAGAUGAUUCAUGGUCGAGUCUUGAAGACACAAAGUGUGUGUAUAUUGCUUGUAAUAAAGACUACAAGCUUUAUGUGUAUACAUUAUAUAGUUGCAUCAAGAUUUUUGAUAUAUCUAGUGAUUCCCCUGAAGAGAUUGUCGAAGAAAACCCGUACCGUAACCAUCCGUUUCGCUUUCGCCAAUUUUCCCAACCUUGGGAACAUUAUUGGAAGCAGAGAGUGGCGGUUACUAGCUUUGGAGAGGUUUUGAUGAUCGUGAGCUUGAAAGGGUUGGAAAAUAAACGUUUGUUUUAUAUCUAUAAGAUGAAUUUGGAGAAAAGUAAUUGGGAAAGAGUAGAUUCUCUUGGAGGUGAGAUGUUGAUAUUUGGUCAUGGGGUCACGAUUAGAGCACCAAUGAAAGAUAUUAGUAGUUUGGGAAUCAAGAGUGAUUCAAUUUUUUUCUCCGGUGAAGAUCUCUGGCCAGGAAGUUAUCCGUAUAAUCCCAACACACAACUUUAUUGCGGUGUGUUCGAUCUUACGACAAGUACAAUCACAUGGUCUAAACCAUUAGAUGUUUCGUUCUUGAAGAUAUCGUGGUUCGUUCCCGCAUGAUCUUGAGUCUUGUUCUGGAGUUUGGUUUCUCAUUUGAUCUAAUCGAAAGAUCUAGAUAGAAUCAGGAGCUGAAGCAGAGCCAAGUUGUUUCGGCUACUCUGACUUUAGAUUUACUAUCGAUUUGUUCAAGUAUUGUGAUGUUGUAAGCUUUUAUUUAAAUUUUGCGAAGCUUAAACAAUGAUUUUCCUUGGGAAAUUUGUGGAUUUAAUUAAUCUUUGGUUGAUAAAAGUUUGUGUUUCUAUUAGAAA